CUCCCCGCCCCGCCGCAUUGUGGAGGGAGGGACCGCGGCCCGCAGCCGCCUCCGCCGCCGUGCGGGGCCGGGAGCUGUCCGCGGUGCUGAGCGGUGCGGGGCCGGGAGCUGUCCGCGGUGCUGAGCGGCGCUGUCGCUGUCCGUGGUGCUGAGCGGCGCGGCCGCUGUCCGAGGUGCUGACGGUGCGGGGUGGCAGCACCAUGGUGUUUGCUCCAGGUGAGAAACCAGGUCCAGAGCAAGACGAAGUUAAGCUGCAGAAUGCCAGCAAGCAGAUUGUGCAGACCGCUAUCCUCCAAGCAGUGCAGCAAGUUUCUCAGGAAAGCCAACAAAAGGAGAAGCGAACAAACAGCAGUAUGAGCCUCCAGCUAGAAAGAGGGAAAUUAACCAAGAAGCAUGAAAAGAAGUAAAGGAGCAGCUUGUUUAUUUUGAUCCUUCAGUGUUUUCAGCCUUCUCUUUAGUAUCAGCUGUAUUGCUAAUGCAAUGUUACUGUUGUAAAACAAACCAAAGUAUAAUCCACACCUAGACAUAGAGUAAAGCUGCAAUAGUCCUCGGCUGAGAAAUAUUAAGUGCAUUAGAUGACUAACUCCAUAUUUAUGCAGUGCCUCUUAACAGAAACAAUAAUCUUAGCUAUUAAAGUAGUUUCAAGCACAAGCUCUUAUGGUAUGGACUUAUUUUUGAAAGCUUGUUGUCAGCACACUUUCAUAUAAGUUCUUCACGCAGUGUUGCUGCCAGGUCAGCUGGCCAGAUUCUUUUCGGAGUUAUUGGGUUCACUGAAGCUGUCUUCACUGAAGAAAUAGUUUAUUAUUGAGUGUAGUAGCUUUCAGGCUGCCUUGAAACAUGACUGUCAUUUUUUAUUUUUAUUUUUAUUUUUUUUUAUUAUUAUUAACCAUGGACUAUGUGAAAUGGCAGUAUAAAGUCGAUUUGGUAAGUUCCACGAACCAACUUUUUUUUUUUCAUCCUGGAAAGAAAAGCAAUCCAGUGCAACUUUGCAGUGACUAUGAUCUAUGACUGUGAUCAUAGAUCUGUGAUCUAUGUCUUUUUCUUUUAAAGAAGUUAAAAUAAGUACUGAAGUUUUGGUCUACUUAUUUGAAAUACUUCUGAACUUCUGCAUAAAAAUCACUUGUGCCUCGACUACUGCUUUUAAUUUUCUUGAUAAUGAAAGAAGAGAAACUGAUAUAAUGACAUGGAGAUCACUAGCUCCUUCUUCAGUUUUGAAAGUUUGCUGUGGCUUGAUUUACAGACAAUGACUACUGGAGUGGCUUUAAAAAAGGUUUUUGAAUUUAUUAAUAUAUUGAAGGACAGAAAUAUACUGUGUCUGAAUUUUGUCAUGAUAGAUAUUUCUCACCUGCUGGGCAUAAAGUGACUUCAGAUAUUUGCAAUUGUCACAUGGAUUGACCUUAAGUAGCACUGCGUUAAGCUGGUAAUACAGAACUUACCCUUAAACUACUCUAUAUAGCUGAAGAAAUCCAUGAUAUUUCUGAAAAUACAUAUUAAACAUACAUAGCUUUCACUUUUAUGCUCCCUUACUGUAAUGAUGAUUGCACUAUUACACAUCUGAAAUGAGUAACAAUAUAUUUCAUUUUAGAAAAGGUUUGUAGCUGUGCUGUAUCCAAAUUCUUGUGGUAAUAUACCUAGAAAUAUGGAGAAACAGAUGCACAGGAUCUGCAAAGAAUGAUACAAACAUUCAUAAUUGCUUUUCUAUUCAGCAAGAUGAUUCUCAAAGAGACUUAUUGGUUUAAGUAAUUGGCUAUUACUUAGUGUGUCCAACUGCUUGUGUUAAACAGUUUUGGGAUUCUUUCUGAUGGCCAAGGGCUUAGUCAUGAAUAGCCACAUACUAUAUUAUUAAGCCUCCGAGCUCUGCUUGAUUCCUUUUUUUUUUUUUUUUUUUUCCAGCACUGACUCAUACCAGAUAAUGAUCUAGCUCAAUCUUCUUUCACUUAAAAAUGCAAAGAAAAAUUCAACAUUAUUAAAGUUGUUCUAAAUCCUCUAAUAACGAAAACUGAAUUGGACUGCAAGUACACAGUUCACUUCUAUAGAUUCUGAGUGAAUUUUCCCAGCCAAAAAAGCUUUGACAUGUGGAAAUAUCUGGGUCUUGGGGCAUGUGCAUGUUUGUCAUAAUAGUCAUUUUUUACCAUCAACUUUUUCAUCAACUGGCCUUCACCUGUGUGAUAACUCUUUUCUAACCACUCACUGCAUCUUUGCUUUCUGAUAUCCUAAGGAAACUUCAGCUCUGAGGCUGAUAAGCAGGCAAGCCCAGUGGAUGAGGAAAAGCAAGUCUGUUGGAGAGACUGGUGUAAAAUAAUUUUUGCCAAAGACUCACCUAGAAUGAUAUGGAAAGGAAGGAAAGCAAAAUCACCAUUUUGUUCUACUUGUUCUACUUUUUUUUUUUUUUUUUUCCCUCAGAAAUUUGCAAUGCAAAUCUCUUUAUGUAUUCCUGGUAACUAUGUUUUUAGUAAUCUGACAGUAUUCUGGAAAUUAGUUUGCACGUCCAUAUAUUUUCCUUAAAUCAUCAUGUUAGAAAAAGAGGAACUUCAAAAGCCACUGAAUCCAGGCUUUUGCCACUGCUACAUAUAAGCCUAUUCCACACUUCCUAUGCUAUUUUCCAAUACCCCUUUACUGUUUUAGUCUUUUUAGACACCAUGUUACCCAACCAGUACAUCAUGCAUAACAUUUCAGUGCUGUUAGAACUCUAAUCUUGGAGAGAGAAGUGCUGCAGAGCCUUGAGGAAGUUUACUAUGGUCUCCUAUCAAGGAAAAAAAAAAUACCCUUGCACAAAUAGUGUAGUUUUCCCUGAGACCCAAAUAAUGCAUCUUCUAUCUGUAGCAUAUAUCCCUAAAUUAAGGCAUGCAUUUAGUAUCGCCUAUUGGCAAAGGAUGUUCUGCACACCACUUGCAUCCAGUAUAUGUAGUUGAGAUCUGUACUGCAUGUGAGAGAACUGCACAAAAGAAAACUUAACCCUUGACUUAUGCUCACUAAAUGGUGAAAGCGGGUAUUUUUGGUAUCUUCACUGACAGAUUAUAUUUUCUGGCAAAAAUACAGACUAAAAAUUAUUACAGAUGUGAUGCAAGUCCGAUUACAAAUAAAGAAACUUUAAUGUCUUACAUGUCUCUUGUUUCUCUUAACAAAAGAAAGGAAGGAAUUUUCAGAUUCACUAUAUUUUUUUUUAUGAAGCAAGUAGUAUGUUCAUGAGGCUGUUCAUGAGUACUGAGAACAUUAUUCACUACAAUAAUUCAUAUCUUAAAAGUGUGAGACAAUCAAAAUGGUAUCUAAACGUAUUUAAAAUAAAUUCACAUUUUAGCACUUGUCAGUUGUAAGUAGAAAGAUACACAAAUGUGAAAUUACAACUCUUGCAUCUCUUUUCAUGAAGUAGAAUCAGGUGUCUGUGGCUAUCUUGCACUGUGUUUGCCAUAUUUUCAUUUAGGUUGAUUAUCAAAAUUUUAUUACUGUACUUGGACUGUUCUUUGUAAUGUAAUCAGACACUGUCCAUAAAGCAGCAACACCUAAAUGGAAAUUCAUAUGGGCACAGCAGGACAUUUUAAGAGAUUACUAACUGUCUCUGCUCAUAAAUUUGUCAGCUCUGGGUAGUAACACUGGAAAUUCCUGCUCUAAAAUGUGAAGGGAAAAAAAAAAUUAAC